UUUACCCAUCACCAUUCAACGAGAUAGCAUGGGCAACUCGAGUCGGUCGUCGUUGCGACAACAUGGCAAAGUGAUCCACCUGCGAGCACAUGAUGCCGGCGAGGACGUGGACCUGGACCUGCUGUCCGAGUAUUCGUUUGGCCUUGCCAUGGACCACGAAGUCCAGCACUACAUGCCGCCGCAGUUGCCGCUGCUGCCCAUGCUGACCAAGGCGCGCAUCGACAUUUGCACGCGAACGUGGGACAAAAUUCGGACGGCGGGCACGGAAAAGAUGAAGAGCUAUGGCAAACCGGGCAUCGUGCUGUUCUACGACGAGUUCUUCUACCGCCUCUUCCAGCGCGACUCGACGUUCCGGACCGUGUUUGCCAACGCCAAGGAGCGCGCAGAGGUGCUCAUCAAGGCACUGAUGUUCAUGCUGAGCAUGCGCGGCGACUCGCCCCAGAGCAUCGCCAACAUGCAGAACCGGUGCCGGUUCCUCGGCCACAAGCACCGCGGGUUCCCGCUCGUCCGGCCCCACCACUUUGCCACGUACACCAUGACGGCCAUCGAAGUCAUGAUGUACUGGAUGGGCGACGAAGCGUCCGUUUCCGUGGCCGACGCGUGGAGCAACGUCGUGGGGUUUGUGUUGCGGUACUUGCUCGAGCCAUACCUGUGCGACCGCACGGAUCCGUACGAGUACUACCAGAACACGACCAUCGCCGCGGUGCGAGAGAUCACGGAGAGCUCCAACGGCGGCGGGUCCUCCGUGGCGAGCAGUGUCACAUCCAUGCAUCGCCCUGACUCGAAAAUGUCGUCGCUUCGAGACGCAGCCAAACCUGUCGUAGCGACGACGAUACAACAAACGAGUGCGCAAGAGCAGGGUUCGCUCCGGAAACCGUCGCAAAUGAGAACGGCGUUUACGUAGCCUCACUUGUAUAUGGGCUACAACCGUAGCCAGUGCCGUUUUGGUUGUAUUGUCGUAAAUAAAUGACAUGUGUAUUCUAGUA